GGAGGGCUUUAUCGCUGUAGCGCCCUCCACACCCGACGCGGCUUUGGCGCAGCUGAAGUGAAACCGAGUCGCUCUUUCCGAGUCGCGUCCUGAAGAACAGCCAUCCGAAAGCGCUCUGCCUCUGGGUUUUUUUUAUAUAUAUAUACGUGAGUGUUACAUAAGUGUCGUUUUUAAAAGGCUGCAAGCAUGAGUACGAUUAACGUUAAGAAGCUGAAAGUGAACGAGCUCAAGGACGAGCUGAAAAAGCGCCAGCUUUCAGACAAGGGGCUGAAGGCCGAGCUCAUGGACCGGCUGCAGGCCGCGCUGGACGCCGAGGCCCAGGCCGGAGGAGAGCAGGAGGCCGAAGAGAACGGAGCCGAGGGCGACGGCGGCGAGCUCGAGCAGGAGUUCAUGGGCGAGGAGGCGGACGCGGACGCGGACGAAGACGCGGCGGGCGAAAGCAUGGAUGCCGACGAGGGGGAAAAUGGAGGCGCGAGUGAAGACGCCGCAGCGGGCGACUUCGACGAGCUCGGCCAGGACGACGAAAUGGCCGAAGACGAGGAGGAGGAGGAGGAAGAUGGGGACGCCACGGUCGACAUGGACAAAGCGUUCGAAGAAGACGACGACGAGGACGCGGAUAAAAUCGGCGACGAAGAUGGUGAGCCAGAGUCCCAGCCAACAGAGGGAGAUGCGGACAAAGACAUCAGUGCUGAUCAGAAGAAUAAGAAGGGUGUUAAGAGACGCCGGGAGGAACAUGGAAGGGCCUACUUUGAAUUUAUUGAAGAAAGCAAAUACAGCCGGGCCAAGUCUCCCCUGCCACCUCUGGAGGAAGAAGAUGAGGAAUUUGAUGACACCCUGGUUUGCCUGGACCCAUACAAUUGUGACCUACACUUCAAGGUGUCCAGAGACCGCUACAGUGCCACUUCCCUCACCAUGGAGAGUUUUGCCUACCUGUGGGCAGGUGGUCGGGGUUCCUAUGGUGUGGACAAGGGUAAAGCCUCCUUUGAAAUGAAGGUCACUGAGAAGAUCCCAGUGAAGCAUGUAAAGAGCAAGAGCAUGGACGUUCAUGAUGUUCAGAUUGGCUGGUCUCUGGCUAACAGCAGUCUGCUGCUGGGUGAGGAGGAGCAUUCCUAUGCCUUUGCACUCAAAGGAAAGAAGACGGCUAAUUGCGUGACUGAAGAUUAUGGAGAGACCUUUGAUGAGAAUGAUGUCAUUGGCUGCUUUGUUAAUUUUGAAGGGGAUGAAGUUGAAAUUUCUUACUCCAAGAAUGGAAAGGACCUUGGUGUGGCAUUCAAGUCCAGUAAGGAAGCAUUGGCUGGACGUACUCUCUUCCCCCAUGUUCUCUGCCAUAACUGUGCUGUAGAGUUUAACUUUGGCCAAAAGGAGGCGCCAUAUUUCCCGCAGCCAGAGGGUUUCACCUUACUCCAGCAAAUCCCUGUGGACCAGCGUGUGAGAGGACCGAAGGGGCCGGAGUCCAAGAAAGACUGCGAGGUGAUUGUCAUGGUUGGCCUCCCAGGGUCAGGGAAGACUACAUGGGUCAUGAAACACACUGAGGAAAACCCUGGAAAAUACAAUGUGCUGGGAACUGAUACAAUUGUGGAGAAGAUGAUGAUUAACAGUUUGAAGCGGCAGAACAAAGACACAACAAAACUCACCGCUAUCUCCCAGAGUGCUCCUCUUUUCCUUGGAAAAUUCAUAGAGAUUGCGGCCCGCAAAAAGCGGAACUACAUCUUGGAUCAGACCAAUGUCUCUGCUGCAGCCCAGAGAAGGAAGAUGUGCCUUUUUGCUGGCUUCCAGCGCAAGGCUGUGGUGGUCUUGCCCACAGAUGAAGCAUACAAGGAGAGGACUCAGAAAAAAGCUGAAACCGAUGGCAAAGAUGUCCCUGAGCAUGCUGUGCUGAAGAUGAAAGGCAUAUAUACAUUGCCAGAAGUUGGUGACUGCUUUUGUGAGGUCACUUAUGUGGAGCUGCAGAAGGAGGAGGCCACCAAGGUUUUGGAACAGUACAAGGAGGAGAGCAAGAGCGCACUACCCCCAGAAAAGAAGCCCAAUCAGGGAACUCCCAAGAAAGGAGGCCUCCCCCGCAAACGAGGAGGCAAGAAUCAGUUCAGUCGAGGUGGUGGCCCAGGCCCACGAGGAGGCAGGGGAGGUUUUCCGAAUCGAGGGAACUUCAGAGGACUGCCUGGACCUCGUGGAGGUUUUGCUCGACCACCAAGAGGCGCUCUUCCACCUCCUGCUUUCCGAGGAGGCUUCCCAAGCCGUGGCAGCUUCAGCCGUGGCGGUGCUGGUGGCAUGCCUAACAGGCACAUGGCCCCUAGGGGAGCUCCUGCAAGGGGUGGGAUGGGCAGCAUGGCACACAGAGGUGGAGGAAUGAACCGCGGAAGGCCCAUGAACAGAGGCAACAUGACCCGUGGUGGCGGGCAAGGAGGUGGGCCCAGCAGGGGCAACUUCAACCAGAAAUUCCGUGGCAGGGGAGGAGCCCAGCAUCAGAAUCGUGGUGGAUUUGGCAACAGAAAUGGCAGCUUUGGCAUGAACAAAGCCCAGGCUUUCAACCAGAGCUGGCAGCAAGGGUUCUGGAACCAGAAGCCAUGGAGUCAGCAGUACCAUCCAGGAUAUUACUAAGUGGGCUUUUGCAUAAAAGACUGGUGGCUCAAAGGAGAACUCCCUCCUGCAACCACUGACCCACCUACGUCCACUUUUACCCUCUUUUUAAAAAAAGGAAUUAAAAUUGCAUUUUAAAUAAGAAGUUAUGAACAGACAAACAUUCCACAUCCCGAGAUCCUGGGAUAUCCCAUAUUCACAACGGAUUCACUUUUCCACGUUUUUGUAAAUUUUAUUUUCUUUGUUUUUAUUUUCAUUUGUUUUUGUCCUUUUUUCAUUUUAGAUCCCAUGUUUUGAUAUGUUGUUAUAUCAAGAUCCACAGCUUCGGCUCCGUGUUGGAAUGCUUUUGAAUUUCAGGGUUGUGCGUUUUAUUCUGUACAAUGUCAUUUUUACUAAAUGUAAAUUAUUAUUUUGCAAGUUUUUGUCUAAGAAUCGUAACAUUUAAGAAUCUUGCAGAUCAACACCAUAUUCUUUUAGAAGCUAUUGAUAGGAAUUGUGUUAAUUUAGCAGCAGAAAAGGCCCUUUCAUAGCUUAAAUGAAAGUGUGAUCAUUGUUACUGUCCACUUUUCUCUUUCUCCCAAACUUCUCACUUUGUGUAUUUCAGUCCAGUAUGUAAUAGUCAAACUCCGUAGGUUUACAAUAAAUGGGUUAUUUGCUUUUGUACAACUUUGUAUUGCUUUUUGAUUGAGACCUAUAGUCCACGUCAAAGGUGCUAAAGGGCCUUUGAGAAAUUUGACUAGAUUUCUCUUAAUUUCAGGAAGAGUCUGCUCAGUAACGGUCUUCCCUCUGUGUAGCACUUCCCAGGGAAAUUUGUGUUGUCAUUCUUCUCAUAGUAUUCGUGGUCCCGUGCACUGGCCGUCAUCUAAUUACUUUAGCGACACUUCAGUGUUUUACACCCCUUUUGGUUUUUGAACAUUUAAAAUAAUUUGCACGUAACCUCAGGCUGGUAUUUAAAGCUGAGUUACGUUAGUAAUAAAAUAAAUCUUAAAAUACAGCAUAUUUAAGCUCAUGACUGGUGUCCGUUUUCAUACUCCAACCUGAACCGUAGUGUUAUUUACAGACUGAUCUUUCAGUGCUGCUUUACCAGCGGUUUCAAGGUGACUUUUCAGGCACAAACACAAACUUUUUAAACAGUAUUUUAUAAUUUUAGUAGGUAGUUAACAUUCCUAGACAAUUUACAUAAAGUAGUGUGAAAAACCUUGAGUGAGUAUCUAUAAAUGUUUUCUGGGGUGUGUUGUGAAUAUAUCUUUAUUAAAGUUAUGACUGGUGAAGCCGACCUGAAGAAAACACCUUUUUAAUUACUAUUGACGCACCAAACUCCACCACUGGUGCUGGUUAAUACACUGAGAAACUCCAGUGUUUUAUCUUUUUACUGAUCAAGAUAUACAGAAUACAAGCCUAGCAUAUUGCAUUUGUCAUAUUUUUAACCCCCCUUCAAUUAUCAGGGGUCUAGAAAGGGCAAAACUACGUAUGAAUAAACUUGAGUUAUGGUCUUCUGCUUAUCUUGUAAUGAUAUUUAAAUUGGCCUGUAUAUAAUCACCUUAUAUUUAAAUUACUGUAAGAUUCUUACCAACAGUUUCUUUUGCAACCUGGUGCUUCAAGAAAUGUUACUUUCUCUCCUAAAAAAAAAAAAAUCUGAAGACACUCAGCCAGCCAGCCGAUGCCAAACGGUCAGUUACAAGCCCUGUACCUUUGUAUUUGGGAAACGUUUGGCACAGAGUGGCUGCACUUCUGUGGUGGAAACUAACCACCAAUAUCUUGGCAGCUAUUGAUAUUCUUUUCCACAGUUGAGAACUUCCGCAGGGAGGACUUGGUUCUUUUGUUGUCCUGGUUUAGUUUACCUUCUAAAAGCCUAACUACAGGCUAUAGGCCCUUCUAAUUUGUUGUCAUUAUUUUUUGUUGCUGUCCCUAAUAAUAAGACAGACUGUCCUGAUGUACACAUGAUUAGCAUGACCUAGUUGAGAAUAAUAGUGAUUAUAACCAUUAGUGUUCACAAACUGCUGGAACGGAAUGAUAGCAGGUUAUUGCAGCUUUAUGACGGUUUUAUUUAUGACGUUUUGUAUUGUGGUAUUUAUUGUUUUUUUCAGCAAUGAUGACUGUCACGCUUUGAUGAUGCAAAGAUGCUUCUGGCGUUUGAGACUGUAAUAAACCUUUGAAAUGUU